AUGAUCAUCAAGUCCUGGAUUAUUAUAUUUCUCCUUGCUCUCAAAUUCACUGACGAAGUCAGCGCAAAAUCAGAGUGGGUAGGACGAUUAUCAGAUUAUCUGAAAUCUGAAGUGUAUCAGAUACUGGUUCUUUUCGAUCCGAAAAAAGUUACAGAAAGCUCUGAGGUUUCAGCAAUUCUCCAAAACAUCUCAAGAGUAGUUCCGACCUGGAAGAUUAGUGUUGAAAAAGCAACGGAUAAGAAAUCAGAAGAUCUUAGUUUAUUGCCUGCUUUUAGUGAUCCUCGAUCGACAAUUUUGAACUUGGUAAUUUAUUCCAACGAGGAUGAUUCAAGUCCUGAUGAAGAUCUAAUCAGGUUUAUGACCAAAGUAUCGGAAUCUCAGAUUCGCCCAAAAUGUUUAAUCAUCUUUCCAAGAAGAAAAAAAGAAUCAAUCUAUCAGCAAUUAUUUCGGAAGAUGUGGUUGCAGAGAUUCUUGGACGUCACGAUUCUCGAAUUAGAAGCUGAUUCCGUAUCGAUUCACAGGUUUAAUCCAUUUACUGGUAUCUUCUCCAAAGAACACUACAACUCUCAAUCAGAAUGGUUUCCUGAGAAAAAUCGGGAUUUGCAUCACUACCAGAUAAAGGUGGGGUUGUUUCACUUUCCACCUUCUACUAAUGUGAUCUACAACCAAACAGGGGAUGUUAUAGAAGCAUCUGGAUCCGAUGUGAUAAUGACAAGAUGUUUGGCAAAGGCAAUGAAUUUUCAGAUAUCAUGGAUGUCAUCAAAAGUAAGAUUAUGGGGAGCCUCUAGCUGUAUCAAAGAGAAAAAUAUGGGGCUUGUACGAAGCCUGGUCUACAAUCGAAUACAAUUCACUGCAGUUCAAUCUGGACGAUCUCUGAUGUGUAAAAAACCAUUUUAUACCAUCAGUACUGAUAUUAGACAAGCACGUUUAGUAGUAGUGGUACCAAAUUUUCAUGAAGAGUCGUAUUUGUUGACCAAGAAAUGGAAAUUCGACACUCUCUUUUUUUUGUUCCUUUUCUUGCUAAUCAAUUGGAUUGUAUCCAAAUGCUUUCACUUCGAAGAUAGGAAUUGGCAGCUGGACAUUUUAUUUCAAAUAGUUCUUGGAUUCGGGACACCUCGUGAACCUCGUAAAUCAGCCGAGAGAAUUGUUUUUGGAUCGAUUUUAAUCGCUUGUUUACUGCUCUCUUCGUAUUUCUACACAGCUCUGACAAGUAUCCAAUUGCAAAAGAGAACUAAAAUAGUCUUUGAAUCAUUGGAUGACGUUCUCUCGGCGAAUCUUGAAACAGUAAUCAGUCCUGCAGUUUACAAUUUUGUUCUUAAUUCCACUGAACAAAACGUUCGGAUUUUAGUGAAAAAAUCUACUCAACUGGACAUUUCCUACGAAGACUGUUUAGAUUAUUUGAUGCAGUCGAAAAAUAUAGCUUGUAUAGUACGUGACGAUAUUGCAGGUUGGAUGAUUGAAAACCAAAGGGAUAGCUGCGGACGACCAAGAAUGAAAAUUGUUCCUGAAUAUAUAUUAUCUAGUAUCAGUGCUAUUUAUGCAGAAGCAGCAUCUCCAUAUUUAAGUAGAAUCAAUAAACUAAUAUGGAAAUUUAAAGAAAACGGAUUAAUGCAGAAAUGGACUAGUACAGGGAAACUACCCGGAAGACAAACUGAGUUCGAAGAUGAAAUUUGUAGUACAAGGGGAGCAGAAUCAGGUCACAUAAUAAUUCUAUUGAUAAUCUUCCUGGUUUUUGGAUACUCUUGCUCGCUGAUAGCUUUCUGUUGUGAGGUUGGUUUAGGAUUAAUUAGGAAGCGGUAA